CCAGGCGGGAGGCCGCAGCUCCUGCCAACUCGAGACUCCUGCGCUUGUAGCCACCACCAUGGGAAGCUUGCUGCAGUUUCUGAAGUUGGUGGGGCAGCUGAAGAGAGUCCCACGGACUGGCUGGGUAUACAGAAAUGUGGCAAAUCCAGAGAGCGUUUCAGACCAUAUGUACAGGAUGGCAAUCAUGGCUAUGGUAACUGAAGAUAAAGCACUGAAUAAAGACAGAUGCAUCCGGUUAGCUCUGGUUCACGAUAUGGCUGAAUGCAUAGUUGGUGACAUUGCUCCUGCUGACAAUGUUUCCAAAGAGGAGAAACACAGACGAGAGGAGGAAGCUAUGAAACAUAUGACCCAGGUGCUGUCCGAGGAGCUGAGAAAAGAAAUUUAUGAACUCUGGGAAGAAUAUGAACACCAGUCGACUGCAGAAGCAAAAUUUGUAAAAGAGCUGGACCAGUGUGAGAUGAUACUUCAAGCCUUGGAGUAUGAAGAGUUAGAGAAAAAACCUGGAAGACUUCAAGACUUCUAUGAUACAACGGCAGGAAAAUUUAGUCACCCUGAAAUAGUCCAGCUUGUGUCUUCCAUAAAUACAGAAAGAAAUACAAAUAUAGAGGCAGCAAACCAAGAUCGUCCAUCUUGAGUCACAUUUCAAAUGUUUUCAGCUGUAACUAUAAUAAAUUAUUUUAUAAUUUC